AUUCAGUUCAGCCCAUCAUACUAGUUUCUCAUAUUGAUAAAAUCAUCAACUCUACCAUCGAUGGCCGUCGGUCUGGUGUUUUUCUUGCUGAUCUAAACCAUGCUGUUGCUUUGGAUUAUCAUUUCAACUCCAGUUAUGUUUUCUUUACUGAUGUUAAAGAAAGGAAGAUCUUCCGCUCCAUCUACGGAAGUAACAUUGCGAGGCCCAUUUUAUCCACUGGUCUCUAUGCCUGAAGGAAUGGCAGUGGAUUGGAUUGCUGAUAACGUAUAUUUCACCGAAUCUCGUGGUGGAAGAAUCGACGUUGUCAAUCUCAAUGGACGUUACAGACAUAUUUUGGUCGACGGUCUUGGUUCUCCACGUGGUCUGGCUGUUGAUCCGAAAGUGAGAUAUCUGUUCUAUACAGAUUGGGGAAGUAGACGUGCUUUGAUUGGACGAUGCAGCAUGGAUGGUGCGGAUUGUCGACCACUUGUCAGUAACAAUAUCACUUGGCCUAAUGCGAUCUCACUCGAUUACAUCAACCAGAUGGUGUACUGGGCGGAUGCUCAUUUUGAUGCGAUAUUUGUGGUCGAUUAUAAUGGGAACGAUCGUCGUUUGGUUGCAGGAGGACCCGGUCAAGAUCAAAUCUCACAUCCAUUUGCCAUGUCGUUGUAUCGCUCCUACCUUUAUGUGACCGACUGGGUUGAUGAACAGCUGUACAAGGUAGAUAUUGUACAAGGCAAGGUGACCGAAGUGAUAAAAGACAGGAAACUUCUCAGGGACGUUCAAAUAUACCAUCCAUCGAGACAAGGUCAAUCGAAGAACUUCUGUAAACACUAUGGUUGCGAGCAACUUAGCUUGCUUUCUAGUCAUGUGACCAGUGGAUGCAAAUGCGCAUGCGAAAUCGGUAUGGUGUUAAUGAAGGACAAUAGAACGUGCAAACGUUUGGACAGCUUUGUCAUUGUCGCCAUGAAAACUCGAAUUCGUGGCUAUGUAUUCAAUAACGGAGAAAAACAAGACGCUAUUGUGCCUGUUUUUGGACUGCGUACGGCUAUCGGUGUUGACUAUGACGUAAAAACACAAAAGUUAUAUUUCAGCAAUUCUGGUCAACUCUAUCGCAUCGGAUUUGAUGGCUCGGACAUGCAGACUGUGCAGAACGAGAGUAUAGGAGAAGUUGAUGGAGUGGCUGUCGAUUGGGUGGGGAGGAAUCUUUACUGGACUGAUGCGAGAUUGAAAACAAUCUCUGUAUCAAAACUUGAUGGUAGAUAUCGACGCACGCUCAUUCGACUUGACUUAGAAAACAGACCUCGAGCAAUUGUGGUUCAUCCAAAUAGGGGUUUGCUAUUUUGGACGGACUGGGGACGAUAUGCUAAAAUCGAACGAAGUGACAUGGAUGGUAGUUCCAGUUCCCGAAAAACCAUUUCAGAAGGAGACAAUAUGGGCUGGCCAAAUGGCCUCGCAAUCGAUUAUGUUAAUUCAAAACUUUACUGGAUUGAUGCGCGUUUAGAUCAUCUGAUGGUGUCCGAUUUUGAUGGUUCAGAAAAACGGAAACUUUUCACUUUUUUAUCUCAUCCAUUUGGACUUGAUGUUUAUAAUGGUUUUGCCUAUUGGAGUGAUUGGCAGGAAAUGGCAUUGUACAGAAUUUCCAUCAAUGAGAGUUCCGGCGAUAUGAAAGAAAAGUUACUGUCCAAUAUUGGAGGACUAAUGGAAAUUCGUACCUAUAAGAGCUCUCAUGUACCUGAUGGGAACAACGUUUGUUCCAAUGCUCCUUGCAGCCAGUUGUGCUUAUUAAAAGCCUCAAGUAAUUACUCCUGUGCUUGUAGAGAUGGUUUAUCUUUUGACGUCAAUCGAAGAGCUUGUGUCGAUGCAAUUCCAUCUCCUGUGCCGAUUUCGACCUGCCCUCCAAAUCAUUUUCAAUGCAACAACACGCAAUGUGUUACAAAUUCCUGGCUUUGUGAUGGUGAUGAUGACUGCACUGAUGGGUCCGAUGAAGUCAAUGCCCAUUGCUUGUCCAAGACCUGUAAACCAACCGAAGCUCAAUGUCACAACUUCAAAUGUAUACGAAAGUCAGCGCUCUGUGACGGCUUCAAUGAUUGUGGAGAUAGCUCUGAUGAACGAAAUUGCACAUGCGAGAUCGGUCACUUCCAGUGCAGUGAUGGUCAGUGUAUCCCCGAACGAUGGAAAUGUGACGGUGACAAGGACUGUAUUUAUGGUCUGGACGAGGAAAACUGCAACAAGACUGUGACAUGUGAUGGUUUUGUUUGCAUUUCAAAUGGGGCGUGCAUUCCACGAUCAUGGCAAUGUAACGGAAGAAAAGAUUGUCCCGAUGAUAGCGAUGAAGAUGAGUGCGUUGUAACGCUCUGUUCAUCUAACGAAUUUCGCUGUUCAGACGGUCAAUGUAUAGAUCUCCCUUGGAGAUGUGACCACGACGAAGAUUGUGAUGAUGGAAGCGAUGAAGUUAACUGCACGACGCCCACGAUUCAAAUUCGUUGUCCAUCAAGCAAGUUUCAAUGUCAGACGUUGUUUCAAUGUAUUCCUUUCGAAAAAAAAUGCGACGAUGUUCCGGAUUGUACCGACGAAACUGACGAAUCAUUUGCUACUUGCAACAAAACUUGUCCUGCUGGCGAAAUCAGUUGUAAAGAUGGCAAAUGCAUCUCUUCAAGUCAAAUGUGUGACGGACGUAAGGACUGUAGUGAUAAUUCCGAUGAAGAAUGUUGUGGGAAGAAAUUCAAGUGUCAUCUUGCCGGUCAAUGUAUUCCCCAAUCAUGGGUGUGCGAUGGUGUUGAUGACUGUGGAGACAAUAGUGACGAAUCGCAAGCAAAAUGUCUGUCGCGCACGUGUGCACCUCAUCAAUUUUCAUGUCCAAACUCCAGCGUAUGUUUGAGUCGUGAAAGUCUAUGUGAUACGGUUGCGGAUUGUCCUGGUGCCGAGGAUGAGGCUCCCGGAUGUAUUUAUCAACAAUGCAGUAUCAGCAAUGGUGGAUGUUCACAUAACUGUACCAAUUCACCUCGUGGCUCUUUAUGUGGCUGUCCAUCUUGGCUAACUUUGGCUAACAACAAUAAGACAUGCGUUGAUAAAGAUGAAUGUGAAAUGCCUUGGUCGUGUAGUCAGACAUGCGUUAACAUUGAGAAACAUUACUAUUGUACUUGUGAUGCUGGUUAUACAUUGCAGGCUGAGAAACAUUGUCGAGCCGAUUUAGUUGACGAUAAAGUACCAUUUUUGUUGUAUUCCAACCGGAUUUCUCUUCGAAAAGUGAAAAUUCACGGGAGAGAGGGGCGCGUGAUAUAUUCCGAGAUCAUGGCAGGCCUUCGUUACGCUACUGGUGUUGACUUCGACUGGAAGAAUCAACGUAUUUACUGGACUGAUUUACUCACUGAUAAAAUUUACAGUGUGAAAUUUAAUGGCUCCCAGGAAGACGUUAUCAUUACUGGAGGACUAAUGUCAGCCGAAGGUAUUGCCGUGGACUGGAUUGCUAGUAAUCUCUAUUGGUUAGACGCAAGAGCCAAGUUAAUCGAAGUGUCCAAAUUAGACGGAAGUUAUCGUUCGGUGUUAAUAAGAACGGAUAUUGACGCACCGAGAGCUUUGCAAAUUGAUCCCAGAGAAGGAUAUCUCUUUUGGAGUGAUUGGAGCUCUGCACCUCGUAUUGAGAAGGCGUUUAUGGAUGGAAGCAACAGAAUUGCGAUUGUGACAACCAAGCUUGUUUGGCCCAAUGGAAUGACACUUGAUUACCCCAAUAAACGUGUCUACUGGAUGGAUGCUAAACUACAUCAUCUGGAAUUUUGUGACUACGAUGGCAAAUACCGCUAUCAAGUAUUGACUGGCAACUCGCGACUAAACCAUCCCUUUUCAUUGACUUUGUUUGAAGAUACGAUUUAUUGGACAGACUGGUUUGAUAACUCCAUUCGUUAUACGAGCAAAUACCCCGGGGACAGCGUACAUUACCUACAUAACAGUUCAAGUCGUUUGAUGGAUAUUCACGUGGUGCAUCCCGUGAAACAGCCCGAAGGGAUAAAUUAUUGUGAAAACAGUGCAUGCUCUCAUGUUUGUGUCCUUAAACCGAAUGGCAGCAGUUGCUUAUGUCCAGUUGAUAUGAAUCUUGACCCUGAGACAUCAACAAUUUGUACAGGAGUGAACAGUUUUCUCGUGUACAGCCGUCGUACUGAAAUACGCGGGAUCUCUUUGAGUGAAGAUCACGAUGAGAGAAUGAUUCCUGUUGUUGGACUGAGAAACGCCAUAGGAUUGGAUUUCGAUUUUGCUGAAAAUCGUUUGUAUUGGACAGAUAUCACUGAUGACUCCAUCUCGAGAAUUAAAAUCGAUGGCACGGGAUAUGAGAAAAUCAUAAAGUCAGGUUCGGGACUACGAUCGCCCGAUGGUAUUGCAGUUGACUGGGUCGCAAAGAAUGUUUAUUGGACAGAUAGUGGGGCCGACGUCUUAGCUGUAGCACGCACUGAUGGCAAUUUUCAUAAAACCUUGCUGUUCAAGUCGUCCUUAGUACAUGAACCACGUGAUAUUGCCUUGUACCCGAGUAAAGGGCUGAUGUUUUGGACCGACUGGGGGCUAAAAACGAUUCAAAGUGCUUGGCUCGAUGGAAAAAACGUGAAAAGUCUCAUCAAUGAAACUUUAGCUUUCGUGAAUGGUCUAGCGAUUGAUUAUUCGAAUGACCGUCUUUUCUGGCUCGACGCAACCUAUGAUAAGAUGGAGACUUCGAAUUUGGAUGGAAGUGAUAGGAAAAUCGUUAUUUUAACAGGUCUCAGGCAUCCCUUUGGUAUAACAGUCUUCGAGGGUUAUGUCUAUUGGACUGACUGGCGAUUGCGAUCGAUCAAUAAAGCUCGUGUGAAUGGUAGUGAACAGACGGUGGUGAAGUCGAGACUUCCUGGGAUCAUGGAUGUCUGUGUUUUUGACAGAAAAAGACAGAAAGGCUCCAAUCCUUGCGCAAAAAAUAACGGAAAUUGUUCCCAACUUUGUUUUUGGAAUGGCGAGAUUGUCCGUUGCGAUUGUCGCGACGGUUUUACAUUCAACAACGAAAGCAAGCGGUGUGAACAAAAUUCAGAAUAUCUUGUCUACGCCACUUCAAAUCAAUUUCAAGGAAUUUCUUUAAAUAUCGACGAUCAACAUGCUUAUCUCCCUUACAUUUCCGUGACUGUGCGUUGCUAUGCAACAGACUUUCACUACCGCGAAAGUACCAUCUAUUUCACGGAUGAUUUGAAGGAUGUCAUUGGUCGCGUCAAAACUGAUGGAUCUGGCCUUCAGUAUGUCAUUACCGAUGGAUUGAACCGUCCUCAUGGGAUUGCUGUGGAUUGGGUUGCUGGGCAGAUAUACUGGACUGAUAUGGGCACCAAACUUAUCGAGGUCAGUCGUCUUAAUGGUUCUCAUCGUCUUACGGUCAUUUCCAGUGGUCUUAUGAAACCAAGAGCAAUAGUCUUGUAUCCACAAAAAAGCCUCAUGUUUUGGACAGACUGGGGUUAUGUGCCAAAGAUUGAAAGGGCUUACAUGGAUGGGAGUUCAAGGAUGAUCUUGCUCUCUGUGAGAUCGCUCUUACUUUACUGGCCUAAUGAUUUAACAGUUGAUUACGAUCUUGAUCUAUUGUAUUGGAUUGAUGGACGUCUCAAUUUGAUUGGUUGCAUGGGAAUCAACGGAGAAAACCCACGCAUAUUGAUAAAGUCGGAAUUUCAAGGAGGGCGUGGUUUGACCAUGUUUGGAGAGUUCAUUUAUGCUGUAUUCGAUCAGUCAAAGACGGUUAUACGACUCAAUAAAACUUCCGUCAACAAUAUCUCAACGAUCUUUUAUUCUUCGAGAAGUUCCGUUCGACCAAGAUCAAUGUUUGCAUACAGCGAAAGUCGACAACCUGAAGAGGGAGCAUGCUCCCGUCAUGAUUGCCAGCAGUUGUGUCUGCCUUUCAACACAAGUCAGUACAGGUGUGCUUGUAGUGGAAAUGAACUUACUAGCGAUGGUAAAACUUGCCACGAACCGGAUGCGUUUAUUGCUUAUGCUGUUGGUACGAGUAUUCGCUUCUUGCACUUAAAUGGCGCCAACGAUGUUGCUCCAUACGCUAAUAUUGAGUUCAGUAGCGCACCUGUUGGUCUUGAUUUUGAUUACGAAGAACAUUUGAUAUUUUUUACGACUCUUUCCAAGUCUAUAGUGAAAUCACACUUCAAUGGCUCCCUGUUAAAGGAAAUACCGAUGAGUUUUGUAUCGGACGGUAUUUCUGUGGACUGGCUAUCGAAGCAAGUGUACAUAACUGAUCCCACGAACGACAAAAUACGCAAAAUGAAUUACACUGGUUUCCAUCUCGAAACAGUUAUAGCCGACGGCAUGAAAGAACCUCGUGGCAUUGUUGUCAUGCCAUGCGAUAAUCUUCUAUACUGGACAGACUGGGGUGUGCCCAGUAUUGAGGUCGCUUCCAUUAACGGAGAGAACCGUCGUCAACUUGUUACAACUGAAAUAGCCUGGCCUAAUGGCCUAACAAUUGAUACUCGCGAGAGUCUUAUGUACUGGGUGGACGCCAAGUUAGACAGGAUUGAAUCGGCUGAUCUUAAUGGCGCCCGACGUCGUAUUUUGUUGGACAGACUUCCACAUCCAUUUGCGAUCAGCGUGUUCGGCAGUGCUGUAUACUGGACGGACUGGUGGCUAAAAACUGUCAAAAAAGCCAGCAAACUGAGUGGAGGAGGUCAGCGGUCUCUGACUGCUUCUCGACUCUAUUCUAAUCCCAUGGACAUUCAUGUGAUAUCGUCCGAAAGACAAAACUGCUCAUUCAAUCCUUGCUACAACAAUGGUGGCUGUAGUCAGUUAUGCGUUGUCGUGAACGGUAUCAAAGAAUGCAGGUGUAAUGCCGGAUAUAAACUACAAGCAAAUGGCUUCUGGUGUGUUCGUGAAAACAGUAAUUGUCCAGACAACCAGUUUACUUGUGCGAACGGGAAGUGCAUUUCUCGGUCAUUUCUUUGUGACACCGAUGACGAUUGCUCGGACAAAUCGGACGAAUUCGCCGUGAUUUGCGCUAAACACAAGUGUCCCGAGAACUCGUUCCAAUGCAACAAUGGCAAAUGCAUCGCGAAGAGAUGGCGUUGCGACUUUGACAAUGAUUGCCAUGACAACAGUGAUGAAGAAGGCUGUGAGCGACCGAAAUGCAACCAGGGGCAGUUUGCUUGUGACAAUGGACGGUGUAUAAGUGAAACCUUCAAGUGUGACGCUGACAACGACUGUCGAGAUUUCUCAGAUGAAACGGGUUGUCCCGCUGUCACUUGUCCUGCAGAUCGAGUAUCGUGCAGCAACAAUAGCAUGUGCAUCCGGGCAAGUUGGAUAUGUGAUGGUGAUGACGAUUGUGGUGACAACAGUGACGAAAGCGAAGCGUUGUGUUCCAACACUACUUGUGACGUUAAGGAAAUGAAAUGCUCAAAAUCAGGUCGCUGUAUACCUUUACGUUGGCGUUGCGAUGGUGACGAUGACUGUGGCGAUAACAGCGACGAGUCUGAUAACUGUACCACUGGAACUAAAGUCACGUGCAAAGAGAGCGAAAUCACGUGCAAGAAUGGACAAUGUAUAUCUUCCACUUUUCUUUGUGAUGGCGACAAUGAUUGUGGUGAUAACAGUGACGAAGAUGUAUCAAACUGCAGUUCGCGGACCUGUGGGGUCUUGGAAUUUAAAUGUUACAACACCUCCCGAUGUGUUCCUAAAAGUUACGUGUGCGAUGGCGACAACGACUGCGGUGAUGCGUCAGAUGAGCAUCCUCGUGAGGGAUGUGUUCAAUCUCCUUGUGAAGAAUCCGAGUUCAGGUGUAGAAACGGUAUUUGCAUUGGAAAAACUUGGAAAUGUGAUCGGGCAAAUGACUGUGGCGAUGGGUCUGACGAAGAAGGCUGUCGAUAUGCGGCUUGCCUUCCUAACCAGUUCACGUGUAGAGAUAAGCAUUGUGUGACAUUGUCAUAUAAAUGUGAUGGGGAUCGUGAUUGCGCUGAUGGAUCCGAUGAAGAGAAUUGUACAUCAGUCACGAUACCACAGAUAUGCAGGCCUGGUGAAUUCCAAUGUGCCAACACCUCUACCAUUCCCUGUAUUGAUUCUCGAAAGGUUUGCAACAAAAAACCCGACUGUUCUGACAGCAGUGACGAAAAGAAUUGUCAUAUUAACCAUUGCAAGAAACAGCCGUGCCAAGAGAUAUGCACCAAUACUAAAACAUCAUUUGUCUGCAGUUGUAAACCUGGAAAAAAGUUAGUGAAUCUUACCAAGUGUGAAGAUAUUGAUGAAUGUGUUGAUCAUUUGCUCAACGGUUGUACACAAUUGUGUUUGAACACUGAAGGCAGCUUCAAAUGCCAGUGUGGCGAGAAUUAUAAAUUAAAAUCUGAUAGGCGAUCUUGUAAAUACACUGGCGACGACUAUCCAACACCUUAUCUUCUUUUCUCUGAUCACCAUAACAUAAGAGCAUUAGGACUGAACGGGGAGACGUACAGGAGUGUGCUAACUGAGCUCACUAAUGUGGUUGCACUGGACUACGACUACCAAGAAAAUCGCAUAUUCUGGUCAACAAACUCUCCUAAAGGUAUCAAGUCGGCCAAAAUGGAUGGCACAAAUGUAAAAAGCAUCGUGAGAUUUGAAGUUUCUAGUCCGGAUGGUAUGGCUGUCGACUGGGUUGCACGUAAUCUGUAUUUCUGCGAAGCUAUGCAGGGUAUUAUAUAUGUCUGUAAACUGAAUGGAUUCAAUCUUAAGAAGCUCGUGAGUAAUAUGAAGCAACCUCGUGGAAUGGUGGUGUAUCCCCAGGAAGGGUAUUUGUUCUUCACCGACUGGGAAUUUCAUGCAAUAUUUCGUGUUGGGAUGAAUGGAAAAGGUCUUAUUAAACUUAUCGAAGAGAAAGUUAUUUGGCCGAACGGCAUAACCAUUGAUUACAUAACCAAGGAGUUGUUCUGGGUUGACGCUCGGUUGGACGUCAUUGAAUAUUCUGAUAUCAAUGGUAACAAUCGAAAGAUCGUUCCUCUAACCGAAGUAUUACACCCAUUCGCAGUGACAUUGUUUGAAGGACAUAUAUAUUGGACUGACUGGAUGACUAGAGGUGUGCAUAAAGCGGAGAAAUGGACUGGCAAGAAUCACAAAGUUUUAAGAAAUACAACCAGUAAACCCAUGGACAUUCAGGUUUUUCAUCCCUUAAGGCAACCAUCUCUUUCAUCUAAAUGUCCGACGAAGAAGGAUGAGGUUUGUGAAGGACUGUGUCUUCUUUCUCCCGGUGGCGGCUACGAGUGCGCAUGCUCCGAAGAUUCCAUCCUACUCGAGAACAAUCGCUCGUGUUUGUAUAAUUGUGAUAGAAAAAUGGAGUUUGCAUGUAGAACGAAUUUAAAAUGUAUAUUCAAGCAAUGGUUGUGCGAUGGUGACGAUGAUUGUGGUGAUGGUUCAGAUGAAAGCGACUGCCCUGAGACAAACUGUACUUCUGGUGAGUUUGCGUGUGAUAAUGGCCUGUGUACGUCUGUCUAUUAUAAAUGCGAUGGAGACGAUGACUGUGGCGAUAACUCUGACGAGAAAGAUUGUCGGUUGCUAGAUUGUCCUGCCUCCAAGUUUCGUUGCGAUAACUAUCAAUGUGUCGAGAAAAAAUCCGUCUGUGAUGGACGGUUAAACUGUUUCGAUGGCAGCGAUGAGAAGAAUUGUUCUCUCGGUUCGACUCGUCCAACAUGCCUCCAUCACGAGUUUCGAUGCAACUCAUAUGACCUUUGCCUUCCGCAUUUCCUCAUGUGUAAUGGCAUCAACGAUUGUCCCGAUGGAAGUGACGAAGGGAUGUGUAGGAAUGUGACGUGUGCACCUGGGACAUUUAAAUGUUACCCCAAAUGUGUUAAUGAAUCCUGGGUUUGCGAUGGUGAUGUUGAUUGUCCUGACGGUUCUGACGAAAAAAAUUGCUCAGCAUGUCCUGCGAACAGGUUUCAAUGUGCAAACAAGAGAUGCAUUCCACAGGAAUGGUUAUGUGAUCUCAACAAUGAUUGUAAUGACGGCAGUGACGAAGUGAACUGUACAUACCCUCUGUGCAAGACUUCAGAUUUCAGGUGUCGCGCUAGUAAAAGUUGCAUCAGCACGUCUUGGGUCUGCGAUGGCAACAAAGAUUGUAACGAUGGCUCGGACGAGGAGAAUUGUACGUUAAAUUGUACACGGAAAGAGUUCAAGUGUCGUAGCAGUGGUUAUUGUAUACACAAAGAAUGGCGCUGUGAUGGUCAAAUUGAUUGUAAAGAUUCAUCCGAUGAGAUCGGUUGUAAUAAAAUCUGUUCUACAAAUCAGUUCCGAUGUGAUAAUGAAUUGUGUAUCGAUAAAUAUUCCAUAUGUGAUGGUAUAAACGACUGUGGAGAUAGUUCGGACGAAAACAAAACUUUAUGCGAUCAACACUCCUGUUCUCUGUAUCAAUCACGCUGCAAGAAUUCACCAAUCUGUAUACCAACAUACAAAGAGUGCGAUGGAGAGAGGGACUGUCCUGACGAUAGCGACGAAAUUCAUUGUAAGAACGAACGUCCUUGCAAUUCACACGAAAUAAAAUGCUCAAAUAGCUCAAUAUGUGUCAAUAUUUCUUCACGAUGUGAUCAAAAACGAGACUGCCCCGACGCUUCUGACGAAGAAAAAUGCAGUGGGAGUUGUUCCAAUCCAGUUCUUGGAUCUUGUCAACACGAAUGCAUCAAUGUGAAAUUCGGAUAUUACUGCUCAUGCGCACUUGGUUUUAAAAUCUCCGAGAGGAACCCGCAUGAAUGCGAAGAUGUCGACGAGUGCAAAAUUUUUGGAAAAUGCAGUCAAAAAUGUUUGAAUUUUAUUGGUGGAUUCAAGUGUUCGUGUUUUGAGGGAUAUCAGUUAAGUCGCAGCAAGGAUGUUCCUGUUUGCAAAAUACAAGGCCCUUCACCGUCCAUCUUCGUUCCGACUAACGACGGCAUACGGCAAUAUGGUCCGAAUGGAGACGGCGGUCACAACAUAAUUUCUACUGACGCCAAAAUCAAGGAUGUGGACUUUUAUGUCAGUGAAAAUUCUACCGCCAUCUUGUGGCUAGAUGACAAGACACAUACAAUCUACAUCUCUAUCUACGAAGGUGUGAAAAGGCGUAAAAGAAGGAAUGCGGAACAUUUUCAAACAAUUGUUAAGUCAAAUGGAAAGCCUCAAACGUUUGCCGUUGAUUGGAUGGGUGGUAAUAUCUUCUGGAUAGAGGCAAAUCCCUCUCGUUAUACUAUUAAUGUCAAACCGUUAUUCCGGGACGGACGUCGUGUUCUUUUCCACAUUGAACCGUUUGACAAACCGAAUCAUCUCGUGUUGUAUCCUGAAAAACGGAAGGUCUUCUGGUCUGAUAUUGGUCUUGUACCCAAGAUUGAAAUGGCCAAUUUUGACGGAACCCAACGUACAGCUCUCGUGAAUUCCGAACUCGAUUUUCCAACUGGUUUAGCUAUAGAUGUCCUCACUGACCGUCUUUAUUGGUGUGAUAUGAAAGAAAACGAAGUGGAGGCGAUACUUACAAAUGGAAGGGAUCGACGUGUCGUUCUCAAUUCACGAAUGUUGAGAGAAGACUUUUCAGAGCCUUAUUCCAUUGAUGUGUUUGAAGAUUUUCUUUACAUCGUUACAAGGAAGGGUGUGAUUGUAAAAUGGAAUAAAUUUGGUCUUGGUCGUCCACUCAAAUUGUUUGAGAUAUCUGUACAACUGGCUCAUAUCAGGAUUUAUCACAAAAUAAGACAUGCGCAUUCAAAUGGUACUCAGUGCAACGCCAAGACAUGCAGUCAUAUUUGUUUACCUAGCGAUUUCGGUCCCUUAUGUUUAUGCCCUGAUGGUAAAGUUGAUCAAAAGAUUUGUAUUGGGAACAAUGCAUCCUGUGUUGGUUAUUGCGUUCGUGGUGAAUGUCAAAUAAUCGAUGGUAGACCUUUUUGCAGAUGUCCAGAAGGCGUUACGGGCUCAAAAUGUGAAAAAUCAUGCAAAUAUCACAAGUGUGAAAACAAUGGCACUUGCUAUAUCAAGGAUGAACGACUACAGUGUCGAUGUCUUGCGGGAACAACUGGGGAUAGAUGUCAGUUAUCGUGCAAUCAGGAUCAUUGUGCGAAUAAUGGCUCGUGUUUUAUCGAAAAUCAAAGUUUAAAGUGCCGAUGUCUUGGGGGAACAACUGGGGAUAGAUGUCAGUUAUCGUGCAAUCAGGAUUAUUGUGCGAAUAAUGGCUCGUGUUUUAUCGAAAAUCAAAGUUUAAAGUGCCGUUGUCAAGAAGGAACAGCUGGCGAUCGUUGCCAUUUGACGUGUUUAGAUCACAAAUGUAGCAACAACGGCACGUGUGUGAUUCGUGAUGGGACCAUUCUAUGCAGAUGUGAGGACAACGAAAUUCAUGCGGAUUGUGUUGACGUUCAUGCAAGAUUCAGCAGUUCUGACGAAACCAAACUUCUUCAAAUUACCAUUCCAUGUGCAGUUGCCUUGCUCGUGUUGAUUGUAAUUUUAAGCAUUUUAUGUCGUCGUUGGCGAAGAACAUCUAGCAAGUUUACUCCGUUAUCACCUUCUGAAGAUGAUGACGAGGAAUAUGGUGAACCUGGUAGGCGACAGUUUGUCAUAAAUGACAAUGAAGUGAAUUUUGCCAACCCGGUGUACAAUUCUCUGUUCCUCGAGGGUCCUUCCAGAGAUGAUUAUACGGAAGUCAGUCGUCAACUUAUCUUUGAAGAUGACGAUAACGCGGUGGAUUUCUCCAAUCCAAUGUACGACUCGUAUUAUGGAUCAAAUGAAGAAGUCGAUGUGUUCCUACCUAGGAAAAAAAAUCCGGAAACUGCAUCGAGCGUUGAGUCGUACGGAAGCCGUGAUUCGUUGAAUGAAAGCAUGCAGAGACUCGUUCAAGAAUGACUUCAAGUAACGAUGGGCUCUUGUGAAUCUCGAUGAGGCUUUAACCAACAAAAAAACACGUAAUCGUCAAAUAGAACAGUUUGUCAUAUAUCAAGUUAGUUUUAAAAGUGAACAAGGCUCAAUGCCACCAAAAAAACGGCAUGGAAUGUUAUUCCUCAAAUUAAAGUAAGUCAUACCGAUGUGUCCCCACAUGAUUACUCCUCCCCAUCAUAAAAAUCACUCGUGCUGAUAGCUAGCAUAGCUACGCACAAACCAUGUCUAAUAUGGGGUAGAGAGAGAGAAAGAAGAAUUUUUGGGACACCCUGUAGAAAAGAUCGAUCAGUUGUCAAUUUAAAUAGCACCUAUAGCUCUACGUAUUUUUAUCAUAUCAACCCGCGUUUGUCAUUGAGAUUAUUUUUACAUAUGUGCAAUGAUUUGUAAAACAAAGCUUACGUAUCGUGCCAUGACGAUAUGUUCAGUGUUGAUUUCAGUUUGAGGAGUUUUGUUCUUAAAUAAAGUUUAUGUUCCUAUAAAA